AUGACAAAUAGUAGUAGUAGUAGUAGUAGUAGUAGUAGUAGUAGUAGUAGUAGUAGUAGUAGUAGUAGUAGUAGUAGUAGUAGUAGUAGUAGUAGUAGUAGUAGUAGUAGUAGUAGUAGUAGUAGUAGUAGUAGUAGUAGUAGUAGUAGUAGUAGUAGUAGUAGUAGUAGUAGUAGUAGUAGUAGUAGUAGUAGUAGUAGUAGUAGUAGUAGUAGUAGUAGUAGUAGUAGUAGUAGUAGUAGUAGUAGUAGUAGUAGUAGUAGUAGUAGUAGUAGUAGUAGUAGUAGUAGUAGUAGUAGUAGUAGUAGUAGUAGUAGUAGUAGUAGUAGUAGUAGUAGUAGUAGUAGUAGUAGUAGUAGUAGUAGUAGUAGUAGUAGUAGUAGUAGUAGUAGUAGUAGUAGUAGUAGUAGUAGUAGUAGUAGUAGUAGUAGUAGUAGUAGUAGUAGUAGUAGUAGUAGUAGUAGUAGUAGUAGUAGUAGUAGUAGUAGUAGUAGUAGUAGUAGUAGUAGUAGUAGUAGUAGUAGUAGUAGUAGUAGUAGUAGUAGUAGUAGUAGUAGUAGUAGUAGUAGUAGUAGUAGUAGUAGUAGUAGUAGUAGUAGUAGUAGUAGUAGUAGUAGUAGUAGUAGUAGUAGUAGUAGUAGUAGUAGUAGUAGUAGUAGUAGUAGUAGUAGUAGUAGUAGUAGUAGUAGUAGUAGUAGUAGUAGUAGUAGUAGUAGUAGUAGUAGUAGUAGUAGUAGUAGUAGUAGUAGUAGUAGUAGUAGUAGUAGUAGUAGUAGUAGUAGUAGUAGUAGUAGUAGUAGUAGUAGUAGUAGUAGUAGUAGUAGUAGUAGUAGUAGUAGUAGUAGUAGUAGUAGUAGUAGUAGUAGUAGUAGUAGUAGUAGUAGUAGUAGUAGUAGUAGUAGUAGUAGUAGUAGUAGUAGUAGUAGUAGUAGUAGUAGUAGUAGUAGUAGUAGUAGUAGUAGUAGUAGUAGUAGUAGUAGUAGUAGUAGUAGUAGUAGUAGUAGUAGUAGUAGUAGUAGUAGUAGUAGUAGUAGUAGUAGUAGUAGUAGUAGUAGUAGUAGUAGUAGUAGUAGUAGUAGUAGUAGUAGUAGUAGUAGUAGUAGUAGUAGUAGUAGUAGUAGUAGUAGUAGUAGUAGUAGUAGUAGUAGUAGUAGUAGUAGUAGUAGUAGUAGUAGUAGUAGUAGUAGUAGUAGUAGUAGUAGUAGUAGUAGUAGUAGUAGUAGUAGUAGUAGUAGUAGUAGUAGUAGUAGUAGUAGUAGUAGUAGUAGUAGUAGUAGUAGUAGUAGUAGUAGUAGUAGUAGUAGUAGUAGUAGUAGUAGUAGUAGUAGUAGUAGUAGUAGUAGUAGUAGUAGUAGUAGUAGUAGUAGUAGUAGUAGUAGUAGUAGUAGUAGUAGUAGUAGUAGUAGUAGUAGUAGUAGUAGUAGUAGUAGUAGUAGUAGUAGUAGUAGUAGUAGUAGUAGUAGUAGUAGUAGUAGUAGUAGUAGUAGUAGUAGUAGUAGUAGUAGUAGUAGUAGUAGUAGUAGUAGUAGUAGUAGUAGUAGUAGUAGUAGUAGUAGUAGUAGUAGUAGUAGUAGUAGUAGUAGUAGUAGUAGUAGUAGUAGUAGUAGUAGUAGUAGUAGUAGUAGUAGUAGUAGUAGUAGUAGUAGUAGUAGUAGUAGUAGUAGUAGUAGUAGUAGUAGUAGUAGUAGUAGUAGUAGUAGUAGUAGUAGUGAUUCAUAUCAGUGUUACUUAAAUAAACUUUUCAAUGGAUUAAGUUAA